UUAUUUCGAUUGUGGAUGAUUCUUCAGUUGCGCAGACGUUUCUCGCGUCUCGAGCUGCGCAUCCUCCGUUCGACGGGUCAAUCACCAUUUCAACAUUCCAAAGGCCGGAUCUCGCCUUGCCUCUCGUCGUCGACACUGUUCUUUGGUAAGUCCGAGCGCCUGCUGUGCUGGCAAGUAAUUUUCGAGUCGUCAAGACCAACAAAAAACCAACCAACCGUCAAUAUGUUUGCCUGCACCCGAUUCAUCGCGCCGGUCGCUAGAAGCACCCUGGUCGCUGGUACAAAAAGCUACCUGCGCCCGUUGAGCAGUGCAGUUAUCAACCAGAGCCAGUCUUUCCAGGAAAACCAGAGGCAGACCAGCUUCGUCAGUUCGCCGAUCGUGCGCAACUUCCAGACCUCCACGAUCACUCGUGAUAUUGACUCCGCCGCAAAGUUCAUUGGUGCCGGAGCAGCCACCGUAGGAGUCGCAGGCUCUGGUGCCGGAAUUGGAUCGGUAUUCGGUUCCCUGAUCAUCGGUUAUGCUAGGAAUCCAUCCCUGAAGCAGCAGCUUUUCUCAUACGCCAUUCUGGGAUUCGCCUUGUCCGAGGCUAUGGGUCUUUUCUGUCUUAUGAUGGCUUUCCUGUUGUUGUUCGCCUUCUAAGCAGCUCAUCGGUUGGCGUGAAGAGAUUUUGAAACACACAGCCUCCAUAACGAAUUACCGAUAGUUAUAGUGCGUCACUGCCAAGGCAGCGCUGCUCGUUCCAUCAAUUCUUGGCUUUCAAUAGUAAAGAGAGAACGACCUUCGGCUGUCUGGUUCGCGGGAGCCCAUGAAAUAAUUAAGGACGCCUUUGAUUCAAACGAUACUCUCUCUCUGUUAUAUAUAUUAUUGGAAAGAAAAAAGAAAGACAAAAAAAUCGCUAAAAGAAAACAACAACAAAUCAAUUCAUAAAACCAAAAUCUACCAUUGUCAACAACAACAAAACACCAUCGUUUAAAACAUCUCAUCGCUGCAACAACGCGCGAAUGGCUCUGGUCGGGACGCUGCCGGUGCGACGAUUGACUGUUAAACAAAUAACUGCAGAUACGAGAAAAAAAAUAAUAACAUGAAAAAAAAUUAUAAAAAAAACUCAACAAAGGGAUUGUACGUUUUCAAAGAAACCAAAUCUAUGUCAAUACACCGGAACCCUUCAAACUUCCACCCUUUGAAUCAUGAUCCCGUAAGCGUUCACCGCUUCCUUAUCAUUUCAUGGCCUACCGCUUCAUACGUAGCGUAACUCACCUUGUUGUUACUGAAAUUAUCAUCAACUCUCUUACAAGGAAGUCUAAAAGAACUGAAAAGAAAAUCAUGAACGGAAUAAACAUUUGGAAAUAGGCAAGAAUACCGUUACAAUAUAAAAAAAAAAAACACGUUAGUUUGUCAUUGUUAAUGGCAACGAGUAGUAGUAAUAUUCAAAACCACGUAUGCUCUGAACUACAUCGCGAAAAAAUAAGAAAUUUGCAAAAAAAUAACACGAACGUAACGUUAUCAAGAUUGACACUGUCUUCUCAUCGUUGUCGGCACUUCUUAAGCACUCUCAACAUCUUCUUUCUCCCUCUUUGGAACCACUUUUUCGUUGCAUUUUCGUUUACCCCUGCUCCCCCUUAAGUUUUUUCUUAUUUUCAACCGAGACGAUUAAUCAUUGUUGUGCCGUCGCGAAAUGCACGUUGUUGAGGUAUAUAACUCUCUUGGCGAGGAUAUUGUACAGUGAUAUCGAAUAAAGAUCCAUGUCGUGAGACUGUU